CGCCAAUAAACUUGACAGAAGAAGAAGUCACGCUGGAGGAAGGCGCAGAAAGUGUCGUUGUAACGUUUGGCGUUAGCUUGUGUACGAAGGUGAUGACAGUUUUUCAUUAAACUUAUUAAUAAAUAAUAACGAAGGCAAGCAUACGGAUUUGUCUACUUAUUUCAGUGUCCCAGCUGUGCCGUGACAACCUGCAUAAUGGAGAAUGGGGUGACCGUUGUGACGCAUGCUUUCGUGGAUGUGCGUCUGACAAGUACUGUUUCCUCAUUUGAAGUACAGCGGCGGUACAACAGAGGGCUUACUAUAGCAGACCUGAAGAGAAAUUUGGAGAUGAUUGUUGGUGCCAAUGCUUCUUCCAUGGACCUGGAAUUGUUCAGCGUCACUGAUAAUUUUGUACAGAGGCUUGAUGACAAUGAAGCCUUGCUGGGUUCCUAUCCAGUGGACGAUAACUGCAGGAUUCACGUUAUUGAUCGAAGUGGAGCGCUGUCUGGGGAGUACAGUGAUGUUUCCAAAGUGGAGAAGUUUGAAAUAUCAGAUGAUGCUUAUGAGCAGAGAACAGAAUCAGCAAGGUCAUUCCUAAAGAAACAAGGUUUAGGCCGCUUCAAUGAGGAAGAAAUGGCCAAGAAGCAAGCUGAGCAAGCUGAUCGGGAAAACAAACAGAAAGCUGCUGCUGAUGCUAUCACUGUUGGCAGCCGAUGCCAAGUGCAGGUUGCAGGACAGCCCACAAAGCUCGGCACAGUUAUGUAUGUAGGUACCACAGACUUCAAAUCUGGCUACUGGGUGGGUGUGAAGUAUGACGAGCCCCUCGGGAAACAUGAUGGAAGUGUUCAGGGGAAGCGAUACUUUGAAUGUCAGAACAAAUAUGGCGCAUUUGUGAAGCCGCUGAAUGUGACUGUGGGAGAUUUUCCCGAGGAGGACUACGGUCUGGAUGAGAUUUAAGACUGUAUGAUUUUCCACAGGCUUCGAGUUUGACUGCUUUCUACCGCUAUAUUUGAGCAUUAAACUGUUGUACACUUGUAGCCAGAUUAUGGGAAUUCAUUUGUAAGCAGUGAUUUUUCUUUUACAUUCAGGGGGGAAAGAAACAAACAGAUGUUGGGGGUGGCACUGAUUGAUUGAACUUGUGGCCUGGUAUGCACAUUGAAACACAAAAAAUCCCCCAAUUGUUCCAACCCUUUAAUCUUAUAAUUUCAAACUUUCAAAGGGUGGAAGACGAAUUUAAGAUGUAAACUUCUUACCUGAAUAAGACUUAUAUUGCAAAUAAUAUCAGGAAUGCUCUCACGAAAGCAGAAAUAAAAAAAUAAAUCUGGGAACUAAUUUUAAUCUUCAUUAAAGUCAAAUCAGUCUGUGCCUCUCUGAUCCUAUAGUUCUGUACUGAAUAAACACAUUACGUAGAAUUCUGCUGUGUCGAAGGAGAGCUUUGAUGGUUGUAUCAAAGUAGCUAAGACACAAGCUUUGAAUUAAUAAAACUUCACUGACUGUUCUGUUGUUUCCAACAAGUUUGUAGUUUUGGGGUUUUCGUGUUUGGGGCGGCCCUCUGUUAAAGACUGAAUCCAUCAAUCAUAUUUCCCCACAUGUUGUGGGUUUGUAAGUAGGAGAAUGAAAGAUUUUUUGUUAUUUUGGUGCUUGUUAGCAUUUUUUUUUUCAUGUCCACUUCCAAGCAAAUAUUUGCAUUUUUGUUUUUUCUUCCCAACUUUCUUUUCAAUUUCUCAGUAGUGGUUUUUCCACUGGGAACUCGUUACAUUUACAUAAAUCUGCUGAAAACAGCCACCAUUUCUGUGCAUUUUCUUCAUCAGAGCCCACAUUUCAAACAGGUUUCCGAAACCAGUUGAGCUAUGUAAAGCAAUGAGAAAACCUCAGACCAGUACAAAUGCUGUGUGAGUCUGAUGUACUUAAAUCUGACACAAAUAGGUGAUAAUUAGAUCCAAUUCCAGAUACAGGAGAAUACCCACCUGUUCUCAGAAUUUAGAGUUUUGAGGAAAAAUUUUGAGUAAAUUGUUGGAGUUGUAAUUGGAGCAGCCGAUCUGCUCUGUGUAAGUCUGAUCCCAUCAGAUCUCAGAAGCUAAGCAGUGUGGGAUCUAGUAGUACUUGGAUGGGAGACCUCUUUGGAACACCAGUGGCUGUGUGUGUUUCUCCAGGUAAAACUGGAGUUGCGUCAGGAAGGGCAUCCGGCGUAAAACUUGUGCCAACUACCUGUGCAGAUCUAGCUGUAUCCGCUGUGGCAACCCCGAAUGCAAAACGGGAGCAGGCGAAUAGACAACAGUUGGCGUUAUAAUUGGAAGAAAAAUCACUUUUGAUCCACAGUAGCAUCGCUAUCUUGUGGCUCAGCGGUGCUAUUCUUUUUGAGUAGAUGGAAACUUUGCGAUUCUUUACAUUUCACCCUAUCCAAACAGAUUUAACUUUGUUUAUAGUAUAUACGACCAUUGCAUUAUUUGUUUUCCGAGUGGAUGUAAAAUUUAAGUUCCUACAUUAUUCACUGACUGAAAUUAUUUUGUUAUAAGUGAACUGAAAGCUGCCCUGUUUACAUUAAAACUAUCAAACUGUUCUAAAAAUC